AUGACCCCACCAGUCGCCGUCAUCACGGGCGCUUGCUCAGGAAUCGGACUGGCACUGACACAUCAUUUGCUUUCUAAUGGAUGGAGUAUUGUGAUGGCCGAUAUUCAAGGCUCUCCCAAGGGUGGAGAAAUCGACUCGGAGCGAGCUCUCUACAUCAAAACAAAUGUGGAUCCAAGGGCAAUCAAGUCAUCAAAGCCCGGCGGAAAGAUUAUUGUUAAGGCCAGUGCUGCUGGCUUCUAUGCAUCGCUAGCGAUGCCUCAAUACAGCGCAACCAAACAUGGCUUGGUUCGGUUGGUGAGGUCGUUAUCGGUGGGCGUGAAGUCAGCUGGCUUUACGGCGAAUGCAGUCUGUCCCGGUAUUGUUGCUACAGGUUUCCCACCAGACUCGUUCAUGAGGAGCAUCCGAACCGAGUGGAUCCCACCAAUGGGACGUACGACGCAGGCUUUUGAUGAAUCGAUGGGCGAGCAGAAAUGCCUGAACGGACAGACCGUGGAGGUCUGCCCAGAAGGAUGGUGCCAUCGCGAGGCUCUGGAACCCCUUUCACCCAGUGGUCAGAGCAUUGAAUCCUCGGAGGUUGGGAAGCACUGGUACGAGCUCUAUGUCAAAAGAAACAAGACACAUACUCGAAAUGAUGCCUAG